CUUCCUUUUCAUUUCCUAGGUUAAAAUGCAACACAGUGGGAGUCCGGGGGCCGAGUGCCGGCUUCCGCCUUUCGCCCAGCGGCGGCGCCUGCACACAGUCCUCGAAAGCUUCUUCUACCCUGGCAGUGUCUCCGCUCUCUGCAGGCGCCCCGUCCUCCCCUCCCGACCUGCUCGAAGCUUCUUCAUCCCACGACACAACUGUUUGUCCCUUCCCGAGCCUCCCCUCUGCCCCUGGCAGUGCAGCACCCUGUGGACUCCGAGCCUGGCCCGACAUGGACCGGGAAACGCGUUUGUUCGCAGAGUGUCACUUCCGACGCCUCCGAGGGCGUCUCCCCAGCAGGGUCUGCCCUACCCCGGACCGUGUGGACUUUAUUGAGAAUCCAGACUCCUUUUCCUACGCGGACUUCUUCAAGGGUUACCUGCUCCCCAACUUGCCGUGUAUUUUCUCCAGUGCCUUCACCGAGGGCUGGGGCAGCAGGAGGCACUGGGUGACACCCAGUGGGAAACCUGACUUCGAUUAUCUGCUUCAAAAUUAUGGAGAUGUAGUUGUACCUGUUGCAAAUUGCGGGGUCCAGGAAUACAACUCGAACCCUAAAGAACACAUGCCCCUCAGAGAUUACAUCAGCUACUGGAAAGAGUUCAUCAAGGGGCACUACUCCUCUCCACGGGGCUGUCUCUACCUCAAAGACUGGCACCUGUGCAGGGACUCCUCUGCCGAAGGCAUAUUCACCCUGCCUGUGUACUUCUCCUCUGACUGGCUCAACGAGUACUGGGACACCCUGGAUGUGGACGACUACCGUUUCAUCUACAUGGGGCCCACUGGCACCUGGUCGCCAUUCCAUGCUGACAUUUUCCGCUCCUUCAGCUGGUCUGUCAAUAUCUGCGGGAGGAAAAAGUGGUACCUCUUCCCACCAGGGCAAGAAGAAGCCCUACGGGACUGCCAUGGUGGCUUGCCCUACGAUGUGACUGCCCCUGCGUUCCUGGAGAGCUGUCGACACCGGGGGCUCAACCACUGCAGCCCCCCGCUGGAGGUCACGCAGGAGGCAGGCGAGAUGGUGUUCGUGCCCAGCGGGUGGCACCACCAAGUUCACAACAUGGAGGACACUAUCUCCAUCAACCAUAACUGGGUCAAUGGCUGUAACCUGGCCAACAUGUGGCAUUUCCUGCAGCAGGAGCUCCGUGCUGUGCAACAGGAGGUCAGCGAGUGGAAGGACACCAUGCCUGACUGGCACCAUCACUGCCAGGUCAUCAUGAGGUCCUGCUCUGGGAUCAAUUUUGAAGAAUUUUACCACUUCCUCAAGGUCAUUGCCAAAAGGAGGCUCCUCCUAGCAAAGGAGAUAGGCCCUGGUGAAGUGGAAUAUCGUGAGGGCUCCAGACUGGACCCCCAGCAGAUCAUUUUUGACAUCAGCCGGAUUGCUGAGGUGCUGGCGUCUGUGGUGGUCAACCCCGACUUCCAGAGAGUGGACACCAGCAUGCUCACUCCGCAGCCAGAGGAUCUCCUGCAGCAGCUAGAGGAGACCAUGGCUGCCAUGGAAUCUCUUUAGUGUGUGCUGUGAGGGUGACAGGACACAUCCUGACAGGACCCUGCAGGCACUACCAUGGAAAGCUGUUGCACUGCUCUAGGGUCCCUUCCAGAAAUAAAGCUGUAUCCUCCCAUGUGGCCUGGGGAAUGCUGUCUCCUUGCUGCCUGGUUGUCUUGGUUUCCCAGAUGUUCCUGCUCUUAAGGUCUGGCACUGUCCUGUCAUUGCAGCACCUCUGUGCUUGUUCAGAGGGCCCAGCAGGACUGGGGACUUGGAUCUGGUGAAGGGGUGGGUGGAGAGUUAGUUGCUGGUGAAUUGGACCUGUGGCAAAGCUGGGAGGAAGUAUGGUGGGGACUCAGGAGUCUGAGUCAUGUGGGGCUUGGUUUUCUCCUGUCUCCACCUUCCCUCAGCAAAUGCCAGCCCCAGGCCACGGGCCUCCCACCCACAACAGCUCAGGCCCCCUCCACAUUAGCGCCUCACUCAUAGGCCCACACUUCUCCCUCUGGAGCAAGCCCCUUGGGGUGUGGGAGAGACACUGGGCCCCAGGCACCCCCAUGCUGCAGGGUCUGUCUCUCCCACAUUUGAACCACUAUUUAGCGACUUCCUUUCCUCUACUGGCCUCUGGCUCCCCUGGCAAGGUCCUGAACCAGAGAUUUCAUUGGUCAGUGCUCUGGGCUAGGCCCCCAGGCAGCAGGCACUGUACCAAGAAACACUCUGGGCCCUGCAGACAGGUCAUAGCACUCAUGUAUUGUCUCCCUCCAGGGCCACCACUCUGCUCCCAACCAGCAGGCAGAGGGCUCUGGUUAGUGUCCACCUGCAGGCCAGCUGGAGACAGGCCUCUUACACACUUGUCCUGCAUCAUCCACCUACUUGUCACACAACUAUCUGCCAUCCAGAGUCACUUUGCAAACCAAUUCAACAACCACUCUGCAUACUCAUUCUUCCCACCCAGCUCCCAGUUCUUGCACACCUGUACCAAGCAAAUAAAGCAUUAUGCACUGUUUA